AUGCGGUGGUUUGGAUGGCUCAUCGUCAUCAUUGUCCUCGCCCUUCUUGCCUAUGCCGGCUGGAUAGGCUACUCCCAGAUUCGCGCCCGGAGAGCCGGUCUCCCUCCACCACCGUUGAAAUCAUACCUACCGUUCACAUCUUCUCCUGCGUCAUAUGGAGACAGCAACUAUCCAACUCCACGAAGCGGUGGCGUAGUAGGCUGGGUCAAAGACAAAUUCGCAGCUCUGCGCAAUCGAAGAACACAUCAGGGAUCGUACGAGGACCACCUUGAGCCGCGAGCCUACCGAGGCGGCGCUGGCCGGCCUCUUUCUGAGCAGGAUGAGCCGUGGGACACGCGCAUGGGCGCUGCUGAACGAGAUGGCGGUUUUGGCCCUCCGGGUUAUUAUGAGGAGCAGGAACUCGGUUUCGCGCCACAUGCCGGCGGAUAUGAUCGCAAUGCAUCCGCAUACGAUGGCGGCCUUGCUCCCAGCGCUGGACAUGAAGCAAGCCGUGGCAGAAGCAGGAGCCGUGAUCCAUCACCUGUCAAGCUAGGACAAGGGGAUGAUCCAGCUAAUCCGUUCGGCGACCAUGCUGAGGGUAGCAAUCUGAGGAGUGUGAGCCCAAGGCCCGAACCCCCUGCUGGUGAGGGAUCUGCUCACACGAAGAAGGGCGUGUUCCGAGAGUCUUUAUGA